GUGCCCAAUGAGCGCAAGUGAUUUAGGGAUCGUGGGCGUCUCCCUGUACGCUUGCGCCGCAGACUACAGUUUGAGCUAUAGUGCUCUUCGACGGUGGCACGAUUCGUGAGUGGAAAACGUUAUAUAAACGAGGAGCAGCCGUGUCAUUUCCCUCCAGAGAAGACACGUUUAUCAGUGUUAAUCACUGGGCAAUAAAGUCGCCAGCUUCACUAAAAAGAAAAUGCCUCCCCUCGUUCGCCACAGAACGAUGCGCGUCUUCAUGAACGGCGACCGCCACGUCAUGGCCAAACAUUCCGCCAUCUAUCCAACACAGGAGGAGCUGGAAAGCGUCCAGAACAUGGUGUCCCACACAGAGCGGGCUCUGAAGGCCGUUUCUGAUUGGCUGGACAAGGAGGAAAAGGGAACUACAAAGUCUGAAUUCGAAGACGGUGACAAAGACAGUGAGCAGAAGGAUCAGGCCACCCGGACUCUGCGUGGCGUAAUGAGGGUGGGUCUGGUUGCUAAAGGUCUGCUGCUGAAAGGAGACCUGGACCUGGAGCUGGUGCUUCUCUGUAAGGACAAGCCCACAGUCGGUCUGCUGGGAAGGGUGUCUGAAAACCUUCUUGCACAGCUGCAGACGAUAACAGAAGAUAAAUACAUAGUAACGCAGGACAUCCAUAAUGCGAGCAUCGUGAUCCACAACACAAAGGAGCCCCCUCUAACGCUCACAAUUCGCCUCACAUCCCCUUUGGUCCGCGAAGAGAUAGAGAAGGCGACCUCUGGAGAAACGCUUUCAGUCAUCGAUCCCCCGGAUGUUCUGGACAGGCAGAAAUGCCUAACUGCCUUGGCAUCUCUACGCCACGCUAAGUGGUUCCAGGUUUGUGACACUGCAGAGAAUCAUCCCGUCAGGGAGUUAAAAACUUUUCGUGCUUCACAGCCGCUGGAGCUGAUCUGUGAGAAAGCAAUCGGCACAGGGAACAGGCCCAUGGGGGCAGGCGAAGCUCUGCGCAGAGUUUUAGAGUGUCUCGCUUCAGGGAUCCUCAUGACAGAUGGUGCUGGAAUUUAUGAUCCAUGUGAGAAGGACCCCACAGACGCCAUCGGUCACCUGGAUCGGCAGCAGAGAGAAGACAUCACAGCGAGCGCUCAGCACGCAUUAAGGCUGUCGGCUUUUGGGCAGCUCCACAAAGUUCUCGGAAUGGACCCGCUUCCGUCAAAAAUGCCCAAAAAACCUCGCAGCGACACCCCGAUUGAUUACACAGUGCAAAUCCCACCCAGCACAGCGUAUGCCCCACCUAUGAAGAGGCCUAUAGAAGAAGAAGAAGGAACCGAUGAUAAGAGUCCAAACAAAAAGAAGAAAAAGCUGCAGAAGAAAUCUGGAGAAGAAAAGGCAGAGCCGGCUCAGUCCAUGAACGCCCUAAUGAGGCUGAAUCAGCUGAAGCCAGGUCUGCAGUACAAGCUGAUAUCUCAAACCGGUCCGGUUCAUGUUCCAGUGUUCACUAUGGCGGUGGAGGUGGACGGAAAGACGUUCGAGGCUUCUGGUCCAUCCAAGCGAACCGCCAAGCUGCAUGUAGCUGUCAAGGUGCUGCAGGACAUGGGCCUACCCACCGGGGUGGAACUGAAGAGUACUGAAGUCGCUGUGAAAUUGGAAGAAACUGUCGUACCAAUCGCUGCAGAAGAAGUAAAGCCAGUAGUAACCCCCACCGAAUCGUCCACUGCCGCAGCCGGCGCCACUCCAGAAUCUGCCGAGACGGCUCGCCAGCAGGGACCAAUCCUGACCAAACACGGCAAGAACCCCGUGAUGGAGCUGAACGAGAAGCGCCGCGGCCUCAAGUACGAGCUCAUCUCUGAGACGGGCGGCAGUCACGACAAGCGCUUCGUCAUGGAGGUGGAGAUCGACGAGCAGAAGUUCCAGGGCACCGGGUCCAAUAAGAAGGUGGCCAAGGCGUACGCGGCCCUGGCUGCUCUGGAGAAGCUGUUUCCUGAAGGCUCGGCUCCUGAGCCUGCUAAAAAGAAGAAGGGACCGCCCAUGCACCAACCGUUUGGCCUGGACGCCGGCAUACCCAGAGGCAGAGGGAGAGGCCGCGGCCGUGGAAGAGGCAGAGGCUUCAACAACGGAGGCGGCUACGGUCAAGGAGGUGGAUUUGGAACGUACGGAUAUGGGAACAACGCCAACUCUGGCUACAAUUACUACGACGACGGGGCAAAUGGCAGCGCUGGGCUAUCAAGCAGCCUCUCGGGCGGACUUCCGUUCAGCUCCACAGAACCUCCGGCUCCAGGCUCCUAUGGAUCAUAUUAUCAAAAUGAAGGAUCCUACGCUGCCCCGGCGGCCAUCAAAAUGCCCAAAAAGAAACCCCCCAUGCAGAAAGGUGGUCCACCGGGAGGCUAUCAGUCAAGCGUCUCCAUAGGGCAGGGGUCGUACAACCAGUACGGGCAAACGAAGAAGAGUUUCAACCAGAGCCAGGGGGGUGUGGGUGGUUAUUCCUACAGCACCGCCUACCCCAGCCAGGUGACGGGGGGAGCGGGUGCUGCGGCUGGGGGUAACCAGGAGUACAGUUACGAAGGUUUCACCCCCCAAACCAAUUACAGCACACAGGGAGGUGGCAACCAGGGCUUUCCCGCCAACCACACCCAGUACCCCGGCUUCGGCAGGAGCGACGGCAGCAUGAGUUACCAGUACAGAUAGGUUGCUUCCAAGAGGCCCGUGAAAUCACCCUGCAUCAGUGUCUCAACCCUUCUCCAAAGAGAGCGAUGGAAGAACUGCCUGUGCUCCUUGCCUUUUUCCAUGUCUGCUUCCUAUGUGCUUUGGGGUUUAGAUGUAGCACAUGUUGCCACACUUUGAGAUUUGUGGACUUUUUAAAUGUCGAAUCCCAGCUGUGGUUGAAGUUGGUGGUCUGUUUCAGUAUGAUUAGUUCAAAGUUUUGUUUCUAUUUAUUUUUAAUUUUUUUGUUUUGUUUUAUGCUCCUGGUCUUUACCACUAAAUAUAAAGACUAAAAACCUAUUUUUAAGACAAGACUUUAGUUUUUUUGUUUUGUUUUGUUUUGUUUUUUUAAUGGCUGGACAAAUGUGAAAAAUGGUUUCACCUUUUCUUUUAUUAUUUUUGCUCCACUUUGUGGUAAUGUUAAAAUGUACGCUGAUAGCUUCUUCUCUCCGGCAGUGGUUGUGAUUUUUGACCAUUUUUGCUAAUUUCCUGAAGUGAGGUGAAUUUUUCACCAUCUGAUAUUCGAAGAUAACUGGAACAUAUAUUCUUCUGUUAAAUCCACAUCUCUGCUCAAUGUAGCUUUUAAACUGGGUGGGGUUUUGCUCUUGUUAAUGUGUAACAGAGUGUUUGUAUUAAUAAAUCCUUUUUAUUUUGAAUUAACA